CGCUUUCAUUUCCGGGUCACCUGUCAGCCGAACGGAAGUGGAGAUGGUGGUACGUGGAAGGCGGCGUCCUGUAGCCCCGGGCGACAGAGAGCCUAGGCAAGGUUGCAGAUUGAAUGGGCGGCUCUGAAGUGACGCUCAGCCACGGGAGACCAAGGGGAGGUGGGACUGCGUGGCCGGCGUUGUCCAGUUGCAGGAGGAGUUCGGUUGCCAGAGUAACCAAAGGGCCGUUCCGGCGGCGCGGUCUUCUGUUGCCCGGUACCUCGGUCCUGGUGCUGAGAUCCUGAAAGCAUGAAUCAUAGCGAGAGAUUCGUUUUCAUCGCAGAGUGGUAUGAUCCAAAUGCUUCACUCCUUCGACGUUACGAGCUUUUAUAUUACCCAGGAGAUGGAUCAGUUGAAAUGCAUGAUGUAAAGAAUCAUCGCACCUUUUUAAAGCGGACCAGGUAUGAUGACCUGCGCUUGGAAGAUUUAUUUAUAGGCAACAAAGUGAAUAUCUUUUCUCGGCAACUAGUGCUAAUUGAUUAUGGAGAUCCAUACACAGCUCGCCAACUGGGGAGCAGGAAAGAAAAAACAUUAGCCCUGAUUAAACCAGACGCAGUAUCAAAGGUUGGAGAAAUAAUUGAAAUAAUAAACAAAGCUGGGUUUACUAUAACCAAACUCAAAAUGAUGACACUUUCAAGGAAAGAAGCAGCAGAUUUUCAUGCAGACCACCAGUCAAGGCCCUUUUUUAAUGAGCUGAUCCAGUUCAGUACAAGUGGACCUGUUGUUGCCAUGGAGAUUUUAAGAGACAACGCUAUCUGUGAGUGGAAAAGGCUGCUUGGCCCUGCAAACUCUGAACUGGCACGUACAGAUGCUCCUGGGAGCAUCAGAGCCCUCUUCGGAACAGAUGGCAUAAGAAAUGCAGCUCAUGGCCCGGAUUCUUUUGCUUCUGCUGCCAGAGAAAUGGAAUUAUUUUUCCCUUCCAGUGGAGGUUGUGGGCCAGCAAACACUGCCAAAUUCACCAACUGUACCUGCUGCAUCAUUAAGCCCCACGCUGUCAGUGAAGGACUGUUGGGAAAGAUCCUGAUGGCUAUUCGAGAUGCAUGUUUUGAAAUUUCUGCUAUGCAGAUGUUCAACAUGGACCGGGUUAACGUUGAAGAAUUCUAUGAAGUUUAUAAAGGAGUAGUGUCUGAGUAUAAUGAAAUGGUGACAGAAAUGUAUUCUGGCUCGUGUGUAGCAAUGGAGAUUCAACAGAAUAAUCCCACCAAGACAUUUCGAGAAUUCUGUGGACCUGCUGAUCCUGAAAUUGCCCGGCAUUUACGUCCUGGGACCCUCAGAGCAACCUUCGGUAAAACUAAGAUCCAGAAUGCUGUUCACUGUACAGAUCUGCCAGAGGAUGGCCUCCUAGAGGUUCAAUACUUCUUCAAGAUCUUGGAUAAUUAGCAGUAUUAUUAAAUAAAGAAGCCACAGACUGGGCAUUUAGACAAGAA